ACCGAUUCUACGUCUACGUAUUCAGCCAACCCCCACACACAAAUGCUUCUCUAGGCAGCUACCAUUCUUCCUUCCAUCCGACGCACCGCCAGCAGCUGGGGGAGUCGCAUAUUUCAUGCAAUCCCCGAAGCUUCAGAACAUCUCUAGACGAAAUGCUUCAUAAAAGUGUCUGCCUACAUAAAGUGGCUGGGAUGCCGACAGGAAUGUCCCAGGCUCACCAUAUAUAAACCUAUAAACCCCGCCAUCACCAUCAUUCUUUGUCUCCAGCAACAACCUCGCCUCACACGACACCCACCACACAAUGACCGUCAUUGAAAUCGACAUAGUCUUCGACUUCAUCUGCGCCUGGUGCUACAUCGGCAAACGCAGCCUCGACCGCGCCAUCGCUCUGUACCGCAAAACCUACCCGGGCGGCCGCAACGACACCAUCAUCAUCAAAUGGCGCCCCUUCUAUCUCAACCCCAACCGGCACGGGUGCAGCGUGCCCAAGUCCGUUCUUUUCGAUGAGCGGCUUAAGGACAAGACGCCCGAGCAGCGUGCCGCGAUGGUCAAGCGUCUGGAUAAGAUCGCCCAGUCGGUAGGUGUCCGCAUUAACUACGGGGGCAUGAUUGGGCCGGACACGCGCGAUGCGCAUCGCCUGGUUUAUUUGAGUCGGGAGGAUCCUACGAUUAGUUCGGAGGUCCAUGGGGAGCUUGUUGAGAAGCUGCUCGAGGCGUACCAUGAACGCGAGAUGGAUAUCUCUCGGCCGGAGGUGUUGAGGGAGGCGGCGGUAGCGGCGGGGAUUGAGGCUGCGGUGGUGGAGAGGUGGCUGGCGGAGGAUGUUGGUAAUGUGGUUGACGAGGAGGCAAGGAAGAAUAGAGAGAUUGAAGGGAUUAGGGGGGUUCCGAGAUUCCUCUUCCAAGGCAAGUAUGAAUGGGAUGGCGACGAUCUGCAAGAGUUUAUGGAGAUCAUGGAGAAGGUGAAGGCAGAGGAGGGAAGUGAAGGAGGUCCUUGACAACCAUGUAAGGACUAUUGGGACUAUUGGGCAUGUUGAUCGUUGUUAUGUACAGCUGGUAGUCUACCAUGUUCCCAGAGUCGAUUGCUAACAUACACUAACGGGGCUUCCGUAGUUUCAACUGAUACUUGAGAGCCUUGUUCGUGCUCCAUAUGGGCUUUACCUGACAAGACCUCCGGAACCAAAUUGGAAAGGUUCGCAGCUCUGCGCCGGUCUGGGUAUCCCAGAGCUUGAUAGUUAUUCUUCGCUUGACGAGCCUCCCACUGCACUGCAUGUAGCAAUUAGCAUACCAUCCCAAGGCUGGUAGGC